GCGCGCAUGGUGGCUAUGUUCGCAGCCGUGUCUACAGAGCAGGAGGUUGAGGUCGACGUACUGAACCUUGGGGCAUCUGUGGGUGGCCGUGAUGGCCGUACCAGGCCACUCUCUCCACGAGUGCGGGAGAGUGAUUGGUUGGAUGGCUUGUCUUCUCGCAUGGCAGAGAGGGGCGGGUCCCGACUCUUCCCUACACACCUGGCCAAGUCAGCGAAAUUCACCGGAGGCCCCAAAGCUGGUGGAGCCUUUGUAGUUUCAGGCAGUCCCAAGGCGACCGAGGUGACAGGCUCUGCUGGUGGGAAGCAAAGGUCGCUCAAGACUGCACCAAAGAAGAUGCCUUCUCCCAAGGUUGCCACGAAAGCACGAGAAGCGCGCACCUCGAAAACCUUGAAUUCCGCGGAGAAAAUUGCCAGCGGCAAGACAGCUGAAGUGCAGCGUGCCCACAGAG